UGCCCUACGGGAGGAGGACCUGUGCCCGGAACUGCUCCUCGCUACGCUCAGGUGGCAGUCAGCCAUGCAGCAGAGUAAACCAGAAUGGCAGGAGGCAGCCACUGGGACAGUUGUACCCUGUGCUCAGUGGCUCUUUUUCUAGCACACAGCUUGGUGAAAUCCCCGUUCCAUUUUGAGCAGUAGCGACUUGAUCUGACUGAAUUUUGCAGGGAGGCUUAGUUCUUUUUAAGGCCAGCUUUCAUCAGAGGAAAGGCAAUCACAGUGUUUGUAGUGAUUUUCCGUGGUGAAGAUGGUCAGCCAUGGAAAACAUAUUGCAAUAAUAAUCCAACAGCUUGACAAAUUUAACCCUGAAACUCAGAGCAUGGAGGAUUUCUUGAAUGAAUCAGCUAAACUGUUGAAGACUCUUAACGUGGCAGAACAAGAAUUUGUGUUGGAUACACUAGCUGGAUGCAUAAAAUAUAAAUCCUUAUUGGAUGUAGUAGUCAAUGCCUUUUUUGUUCGGGAUGGGAGAUACUGCCUGAUUGCUGAGCGUAACCUCUAUACAGUUAUUUGUUACCUGGCUACUUUUCAACUAGAAGAGCUCGGUCUCCAGCACUUCAGCAGAAUUGUAAAAUCUCUGGACACUGCAAAAAUGCAAAAGUUUCUUAGAUUCUUCUUCAAUCCCUUGUAUCUGAACACGUGGAUAAAAGAUGAAUGGAGUCGGUUCUACAGUUCACUGUAUGUAACGGAGAACUGGAUUGAUCCACUGCUGAGAUGGCAGCCAAAAGUACAGCAACUGAUUGAGCAGCUCACAGAUAAGUUAAGUAACCGCACCACCACUGUCAAGACUUCAGCAGUCACUCAGCCAAAGGAAUUUAAUUUGACAGUACCCAAACCACGUGCCAUUCCCAUACCUCUGCCGAUACCAGUACUGGAAAAAGGCCUGCCUGUUCCUCCAAGCACCUACAAACCUCCAAAGGAAAAAAAGCAACUAGAGCAAAUCAGAACCCAAAAUCGCCAAAAAGCAGAAGAUCUGCUCCUGAAAGCAAAUGCUGACCGGUUCAAGUGUGCAAUCAUGAAGUCUGAAAAGGCAGAGAACACGCAGUAUGAAGACAGCAUGAAGAGUAAAUUUCAGGCUCGAAAGGUUCAAAGGAAGAUUGACAAUAUACCUAUUAAAUUGAACGCUGCAGCUAUUUUAAGAGAGGGUGCCCUCUAUCAGCGGAAAAUGGAACAGGAGCUCAAGAGAAUUGAAAAUUUGCUGCAAGGGGCUGGAGAUCCGUCUGAAUUCUUGGAAUGGCAAAAACAGAUGCGUGACAAAGAUCUGGAAGAACAGCUGGCUGAAAUAGAGUAUAGGAGGCUUCAAGGAAAACUGAGUUAUGAAGAGGCAGUUCUAGCCCAUCAGAAUGUAAUUCAAGAAAAUAAGAAGAAAGCUGAUCUAAUGAGAGAAGAGAAAGCAGAUCUGAUGCACCAGUAUGAAGAGAAACGUCUGCAGGAACAGCAAGAAGUGAGAGAUCUGGUGGAGCAGGUCACAGAAGGACACAAGAAUGCAAAGGAGGCGAAAAGGAAGCUGCAGAAGUACAAACAGAAGAUAGUUCAGAAAGUUUGUGAAGAAAAGGAAGAACUUCGUCGGCAAGCCUUAGAAGAAGAUGAGGAGAAGCUCAGGAAAAGAUCUGAACUAAUUCAACAAAUACGACUUAUUGGGUCCUUACCAAGCAUUAGACACAAGUUUGUUGAUUUAACAGAGACUGGUGGCCAUGGUUUAACUUGUGAAAUGUCAAUAGUGGAACUACGUGAACGCCUCGCUCUGCUCAGAGAAGAACAGAAGGCGGCAGAGGAAGAGAAGAGAGACCAGAUAAUUCAUGAAAAACAAGCUAAGGAACAACUUCUUCUAGACAAACUGGAUCAGAUUUUGGUAUUCAGAGCAGAACUCAGCCGAGCAGCUGCUCUAAAGAAAGAAGAAGAGAAAAGAAAGCCCCAGUCUGGUGAAAGGCCUGUGAAAGAUGAGCGCAUUUUAAACCUGCAGAAGAGGAUUGUAGAAAAAAAAAUGGAGCGUAAAAAGCAAGAAGAACUCUCAAAGAUUACCCCCCAGAAAAGCAGCAUCGCAUCAAGGAAGGAUACUUCCCAAUGGAACCAUUGGAAUGAACUGGAAGACAGUCGGGAAAGACAGUUCAAGAUCUUUCAGCAUGGCUUCAUGGCCAGAGAAACAGCUCAGAAAACGUCUGCCUAUGAGGAAGCAAGAAGUGGAGCCAAAGUCUGUAUAUUGCACUCUGAAGUAAAAUAAACUACAAAUUCAGGCCGCCUGGAAA